GAGGCCGACGCAUCAGCCCACGGCCUCUGGUGAUUCAGUCGUCAGCCUUAGAGCUUGGCCUCUAAAAGCCUCACCUGGCCCAUCCACGCGGUGGUUCACGAGCAGCCGCUGAUAGGUCAUGGAAUAUGUAACCUGGCGGUCCCGCCGGUCCGAUGCGACUAGGCGAUGGCAAGUUGGUUGCUUUUUUAUACAUAGUGUUCGAGUAUACAGGUGCUUUAGCUUCGCUUCACAUCUGUACCGAGCAACAACUCGCGUCUGCGUUUUGGCGCGACUGUCUCAGACUGCAAAUUCGGGCUGCUUGAAGCUUCGCCCAACUUAUCGCUCCCUGCGAUACGCCAUUUAAGGUGGCAGUCGUUCUUCCUUAGGGCCAAGCGGCCUUGCGGUAGCUGUCCUGCACGGAAAUGCCGCCGCGGCAGCCAGCCGCGCGAGGACCGGUCGUCUCCGCGCGGCAACAUCGCGAUGAUGCCAUGGACCAGGGGGACGACUUGGAAGCGAGUCCGGUGCGCGGCAGCCCCCAGCAGCAAGAGCAAGCAGAGGAGGCGGGCGUGGAGCGUGGGGCCGGCGUGCCCGACAAGCCCGCGCGCCAGCCCCGUAAGAAGGACCCCAAGCUGGACCUGGACCUGCUCGAGGCCAACGGCGGCUUCAACGACGUGUGGCACACCAUAGCGCCCGCAUUCAAGGCUUCCUUCCAGGGGGAGGGCCACGAGGUUGCCGACUUGCGGCGGCUGCUGGAGCUGUACCAGCGCUGGCAGAUGCGCUUCUACCCGCACUGCGACUUUGACACCUUCGUAACCAAGCUGGAGAAGUCGGGGCGUAGCAGGGCUAUCAAGUCCAAAAUGCACAGCAUGCGUCAGAACCUACUGGGACUCAUCUUCCCGGACGAGGAGCCCGCCGCUGCCACCGCAGGAGCCCCUGCAGACCUGCAGCCGGCGGCUGGCGCCAAUACCAACGCAGCCGCCGCCACCGCGUUCCAGACGCCUGCGCCCGGUGCCGCACCCCGCGCUGCUGGCGCCCCAGCCACUGGCGCGGCUGGUGCUGCGGCUGCUGGCGGUGACGACCUGGACGAUGAGCUGGUGGCCAUGCAGCGGGAGGCGGAGUGGGAGGCGGCCCUGGCGGCCAUGGAUGCGCUGGAGGCCACGAAGGCGGCUGGCGGCACGACCCAGCCCGCCGCGGCGGCUGCGGCACCGGCCGCUGCGGACGUGGACGUGGACAUGGACGAACUCAUGGCCCUGGCGGAGGAGCAGCACCACCAGCACCAGCAGCAGGCGGCGGCGGCGGUGGCGGCGGCGCGGCCGGAGGAGGACGCGCUGGAUGCGGAGUUGUAUGCGCUGGCCAUGGAGCACGAGGCGGCGGCGCCGGGGCCGCAGCAGCAACAGCAGCAGCAGCAGCUAGCGGAGGGCCCGCAGGGCGCGGCGACGACGGCGGCUGGCGUGUCUGCAGCUGCGGAUGCAGAAGCGGAGGCCGAGGCCGACCUGGACGCGGAGCUGAUGGCGCUGGCGCAGAUGGACGUGGCGCCGCCGGCUGGUGCCGCCGCAGCGGUGGAGCUGCAGGCCGCCGGAGGCGCCGACGCCGAAGGCGGCGCGGCAGCUAUGGAGGUGGACGCGGCGGCGGGUGCGGCGGCGGCGGGCGCCAGUCAGGAGGAUGCGGAGCUGGAUGCCGAGCUGCUUGCCCUGGCCAAUGCCGAGUUCUCGCUACCCGCGGCCGCAGCCGUGACGAUGACGGUGACCGCGUCCGUAGUGUGCGCGUCAAAUGCGCCGGAGGCGAGCGUGGUGGUGGGAGGCAGCGCGGCGGCGGCAGGCGGCCUGGAGGGCAGCGAGGCCGCGAGUGGCGUUGCCGACUGCGCGGGUGGCAGCCAGGUGCUGGGCACGGCCGGGGGUUCUGUGGCGCAGCCUGGCCUGGGUCUGGCGGGUGACAGCCAGUUGGAGCAGGAGGGCGAGGGCAGCGGCAGCCAGGCGGCGGGUGUGGUGCUGGGCAUUCUGAUGACGCAGACGCAGCAAGAUAUUUAAGCGUUUGCAGGCAGACCAGUAGCGGCGUGUGCGCCUGCCCAGCCCUGCGGGCUAACCUUUUGUAUCUCCAUGCGUUUAGCUUGUGUGCCGAUGGUGCAAGGAUGUGUAAGUGGAGGCUGCGCCACUGCGCAGAGGAUUGUUUCACUAGCUUGCUGAGGGUGUAGGCGCUACUUGCCAAACGUGCCGUGCGGCAUCACAGGGAGGGAGCACGAGUGUGACUGGGAGGGGGGCUGGACCUGGAGCUGUAUCUUGCUGUGGUGCCUGCUCAGUCCAGGGCGUGUGGGCCUGCAUGAGGCCAUGAGCCCUCUUCGUCGCCGGGG